GGAAAGGAUACAAGAAAAGCGUGUGUUAGAGAUAUUUAUGUAUAAUUUCUUCUUUUCUAUUAUAAAAAAGCUUAGAAAGGAAAGGAUACAAGAAAAGCGUGUGUUAGAGAUGUUUAUAUGAAGUCUUCUUUGUCAUCUAUAAGUAGAUAAGAUCAUCUCAUACGAGAGACGAAAUUGGGGAAGCCAGUAAACAGAUUUAAAGAGUUUUACCAAGUGCAUAGAACAAAAUACGGUUGGUAUUGUAAAAUGUGCAUCUUUCCACUCUUUCAGUGAAAAGGUAUUAUCCCAAAACCUAUAUCAACAAUUAAUAUUCUAUUCUCCAUGUGAAGAUUGGUCGGAUAAAAUGUUAAAAGACAUUUACGGGUUAGAAAAUGAUUAUUUUACGAACUAUGCAGUAACUUGAUCAUUAUAGAGGUGCUUGUCAUGAUAAUGUUUAUACGGGCAAGGUUUUUUUUUCGAAAUUUUGAAAUUCCUCAGCAUUGCCAGUUUUUUUAUCUUGCUUUCAUAGACUCUAAUUUCUUAGAAGUCUAGAAUUAUGCUGCCCAUUUUGUACAUUAAUCCCAAGCCAGAAACAUAUGUUAGUGGAUCUUAAAGGCUUGGAACUCCAUGAUUGCAAUUCCCAAUUCUUUGCCACAUAAAAAAGUUUUGAUAAUAUACUUCACAUAAUUGUAUAUAAAAUAUUAGAUAUAUACCGAAAGUGUGGAGUUUGUAAUAAAAUUUAGAAUUGAAACUAGUUGUAUGCGCUGGUUUUGAAAAGAUUUUAGACAAAUUAAAGUAUUGUUUGACUUAUUAGAGAGCAAAGAAAAUGUUUGUGGAUAUCAUUGUUUUGACCACAUAAUCUUGAGGACCAUGUAGGCAGUGGAUAUUUGUUUUUAAAAAGUAGUGGUUUUGAGAGGCAUGUUAUAGGUGUUUGGACAACUCUAGUCGCUUCAUUUUCAGGAAGGCUGUUACAUCUAAGAAUUAAUCUCAUAAGAAUAAAAGGACUAAUGAAAAGGUUAUACUAAUCACAUCCUUACGCGUUUUUAGUUGAUCAAGCGUAGCAGCACACACUCAUAAUGGAUAUCCCAUACGGGACAUGGUUUCCUGAGCUGAAUAGCGAAGAUCUUCAUCAGUUCUUGAACCAACAUCAACAAACACACCCUUAUAGUGAGUUUGUGGAUUCAUCUUCUUCACCAAGCUUUGAUGGUUACCAGAAUCUUGUCACAAAAGACCAAACCAUCAAUGCAGCCAUCAUUAGCAGAGAUUUAGAAAAACAAGACUACUACAAGGCUAAUACAACUAGCUCUUUUGCUCCUAUUGGUCGAUCUCCAUCGAGCACAUUCACUAUAUCUUUUGGAGACUCCGCCUCACAAGCAACGAUAAACCAAAAUCAACUCUAUGGAGGGUACACAUUGAAAUUUCAUGAUGCAAUUAAACGUAAAGACGAGAUGAGUCUCAAUGAACUUCUUGGAACCAUAGAAGUCCCUAAAAGGGUUUCCAGCACAAGAAGAAACCAUAGACAAGCCCAAGAGCAUAUCUUGGCUGAAAGGAAGAGAAGGGAGAAGUUGACUCAGCGCUUCAUUUCUUUGGCUGCUCUCCUACCUGAAGUUAAAAAGAUGGACAAGGCCACAGUGCUGGAAGAUGCAAGUAAAUACAUAAUAGAUCUUCAAAACCGAGUGAAGGAACUCGAAGAAACAUCAAUUAUUGGGAAAACUGUCAUCCAGGAAUCAACUACAUCUUCAAUGAGCAAAUCCAAGUCGCAGGGUGGUCAUGAACUAGAGGUGGCUUCUUUUGAUCCCGAGACAAACUCUUCACCUAGUAAUGCUGCCUUUAAUCCUGGGAUAAAAGUAAGAAUAUUAGGAAGCAACGUACUAGUAAGAAUUUACUGCCAUGGAAAUCAGUCGCUUGCAUUGAAAGCCCUCACUGAAAUGGAGAGACUUCAUUUCACUGUCAUGUGUAAUAGUGUUCUUCCAAUAUCUGCUACUGCUGCUCUAAUAACCAUUAUAGCUCAGAUGAGUGAAGACUUAGCCGUGACAGCCAGGGAUCUCUUAAAAUGCUUGCGAUUAUCUCUUUCAAAUUUUUGAUGACGUUUGGUUGAUCCGAAGAAUUGAAUAGUCUAGUACAAGUUUUUAACCUUCUAUUGUUGUGAGGUAGUUAUUUCUUAAACAGCAGGCUAUCUUUUUCAUUCUUAUCUUUUCAGUAUUUCGGACAUAUGGUUAAAACUUUUUGGGUUUACAUCUCUGCUUUAGUUGAAUUUUAUUAUAUAUUUUUUCCAUGUAAUUCUUUUUGUUACUAUAAAACUAUUUAAAAAGGGAA